UGUCACAUCAGCAGUUGGUCUUGAGCAGAGAUUGAAGGCCGAAAGAGAACAGUGAUGGAUGGACUAAUGCCAGACUUAGAAAAGGGAGCUUUGCCCAGUGCUUCCCAGCUUGUCUUUGCAUAGCCAGGGCAGAAACUGCCUUUCCUGCUCCUCCAGCCCCUCAGCAAGAGUGGAUACACAUCUGAGUCACCAUGGGCAAGAUGGACAACACCUCUGUGGAGCUGAACUCUCCCUCCGAGGUGAAGCAGGCCGCCCUGGAGGAGCCAGAGCCCAUCAGCCCUGAGGUUGUGAGCACCAAGAAGAAAAAGAAGGAGAUCCCAGACAGAGGUUCCUGGAAGGGGAAAUUUGACUUCUUGCUCUCCUGUGUGGGCUAUGCCAUCGGUCUGGGCAACGUCUGGCGCUUCCCUUAUCUCUGUGGCAAAAAUGGAGGAGGGGCCUUCCUCAUCCCCUAUUUCCUGACGCUGGUGUUUGCUGGGAUUCCUCUCUUCCUGCUGGAAACUGCUCUGGGCCAGUAUACCUCUAUUGGUGGACUGGGAGUCUGGAGAUUGGCACCCAUGUUCAAAGGUGUGGGACUGGCAGCUAUGGUUCUGUCCUUCUGGCUGAACAUCUACUACAUUGUCAUCAUUGCCUGGGCUCUCUACUAUCUCUUCAACUCUUUCACUGCGGACCUGCCGUGGCAGAACUGCGGGAACGCCUGGAACACAGAGCGCUGCUUCUCCAACUACUCCCUGAACGACACCACCAACCUCACCAGCGCUGUCACCGAGUUCUGGGAGAGGAACAUGCACCAGAUGUCUGGAGGCCUGGGGGAGCCUGGCUCCAUCCGCUGGCCCCUGGCUGGCACUCUGGCCCUGGCCUGGCUGCUGGUCUACUUCUCCAUCUGGAAGGGUGUGGAGUGGACAGGCAAGGUGGUGUAUUUCUCAGCCACCUACCCCUACUUCAUGCUUUUCAUCCUCUUGUUCCGGGGAGUCACACUGCCAGGAGCCAAGGAGGGGAUCCUCUUCUACCUCACACCUGACUUCAGGAAGCUCUCUGACUCUGAGGUCUGGAUGGAUGCAGCCACUCAGAUCUUCUUCUCCUACGGCCUGGGGCUGGGCUCCCUCAUUGCUCUGGGCAGCUACAACCAUUUCCACAACAAUGUCUACAGAGACUCCAUUAUAGUCUGUUGUAUAAACUCCACCACAAGCAUAUUUGCAGGAUUUGUUAUCUUCUCUAUCAUUGGCUUUAUGUCACACAUCACAAAGAAGUCGGUGUCAGAGCUGGCCUCCUCAGGCCCUGGACUGGCUUUCCUCGCCUACCCACAGGUUGUCACACAGUUGCCAUUGUCCCCACUCUGGUCAAUCCUCUUCUUCUCCAUGCUGAUGAUGCUGGGUCUGGACAGUCAGUUCUGCACUGUGGAAGGGUUCAUUACAGCCCUGAUGGAUGAGUAUCCUCGAGUCCUAAGAGCCAGGAAGAAGAUCUUCAUUGCAGUAGUCUGCUUCAUCUCUUAUCUCAUUGGAUUCUCCAAUAUCACCCAGGGUGGCAUUUAUGUCUUCAAGCUGUUUGAUUACUACUCAGCCAGUGGCAUGUGUCUUCUUUUUCUUGUCUUCUUUGAGACCAUCUCAAUUUCGUGGUGUUAUGGUGUGAACAGGUUUUACAGGAACAUUGAAGAAAUGAUUGGCUACAAGCCCUGCAUCUGGUGGAAGAUCUGCUGGGCCUUCUUCACCCCUCUUGUCUGCCUGGGUGUGUUCUUCUUCAGUGUGGUGGAAAUGACCCCUCUGACACUGGGGAAAUAUGUCUAUCCUGCGUGGGGACAAGGCAUUGGCUGGCUCAUGGCCCUGUCCUCCAUGGUUCUGAUUCCAGGGUACAUGCUCUACUCUUUCUUCACCUCAACAGGGACUCUCCGGCAGCGUCUGCAGCAGAUGACCCAGCCCAGGCCAGAGGUGCACGCUCAGAACAACGGCCUCCAGCCCAAGACGUCCUUGAACGGGAGGAUCUCGGAUGCUGCUGUGUAGGAGGGAAGC